AUGACUAGACUUUCAAAGCACGUUUUUUCUUCAGUUGUUCUAACUUCAGCAUUAGUGGCUAAUCUCGCUCUAGCUACAAAUAAGUGCUAUAUUCUAGCAAUGUCAAGCGGCCAAGAAUAAGCUGCGUAUCAGGCUGGAGUUCUCAAAGGCCUCGCAAGUAAGCUGACAACAGAAGAGCUAAGUUAUUAGGCAGUCUCCGGAAUAGCAGGGGGUGCCGUGAAUGCAGCCAUCUUAAGUGGACAUUCAAAUACUCAAAUUAAUGAAGCAAUCGAUAAAAUGAUUAAAUUUUGGACUGAUGGAGUUAAAGCCAAAUUAUAUCAAAACUGGUGGGGCGGUGUAAUUGCAGGAUUAUUCACUGCAGGAGGUAUAUAUGAUAACUCGCCGUUGACAUAAUUUUUAUAAACAUAGUUCAACGAUCCCCAAACUUUCGAGAGAGAUCUCUCCAUUGGGCUAGUUGACUCAAUUGAAGGAUAAUAUAAGAGUUUCUAGAAUAAAGACUUUACUAAGACUUAAGACUUGCGAGAUAUUUUGUUUGCAUCAUUUGCUUCUCCAGGUUACUUCCCACCUGCUGAUGUUUUGGGCUCAAAAUGGUUCGAUGGAUCUGCCGUCUAUGAUAUUGACAUAUUUACCGCAGUUAAUAAAUGCUUCGAUAAAGGAUUCAUUGAGGAGAAUAUAGUCGUAGACUUGAUAAUGACUAGUUCAGCCAAUCUUAAAGAGGUUAAUGCUACUGAGUACCACACAAUGGGGAUGCUCUUCAGAUACCUUGAGAUUUCUUCAUUUUAUUCAUCAAUGGACGGCUUACUAAGAGCAAAGUUUUCCUACCCUAAAGCUAAUUUUAGAUAUGCUAUCUCUCCUUCAAAGGCACUCCCUUCUUCUUCAUACCCAUUGAAUCUGGAUGAGAAGCAAAUGAAUGAUACUAUUUAGCAAGGAAUCGAAGAUGCGAUAGCUGCAAUUAAUCAAGGAUCAGGUUAAAGUGUAGAUCAUCUCAUUCACUAUCACCUAUUGAAGUCUUAAAACGACGACAGAAUCGAUAAUUUAACUUAUGGAGGAUUUAUGGAAGCGAAAGCAAAUGGAGACUAUGACUUUUAAGCAUUUGAUGUUAGUUCAAUCACAUCUGACCCUUCUUACAUCAAGUAUUAACUUAACAUUGAGUGA